CAUCCUGGCUCAGAAGACAUUCAAUUUACUUGAGAAAGCAAGCAAAGAGUUUUCACGGAUUAAAGAUAUCAAUCAGAUUAAAGGAACGAAUUGGUUCGAAAGAAGGAUUAAAAGUACCAAUUGGAUUCAAAGGAUUAAAACUACCAAUUGGAUUGAUUGUAUGGAUUUGAUAUCAGAUUAAUCGAUUAAACAACGAAAUCCUGUAGAGGCCUUUGUUACGCUUGUCUUUUGUUGUCGACCUCACUACAGCCACAGUGAAAACUCUUUGUGCAGCGAGAAUUCUUCGACGUGAAUUUCCUCUUUCGACACGGUCAAACAUCCUCGCAGUUCAAUGGACUUUGUGAAUUCUUCCAGCUACGGAAGAAUUUCGAAUGCAAAUGUGGAACUUCGAUAUUCAAUGUUCGACACGAUGAAUGAAAUCUUCGUGAUAUGUUGAUCUCAACCUUCUUUCAUCAUAAAUCUUCUAUUUGGGAAUAAUCAUGGCAGAAGGAGUUGAGAAUGGACGGGAUAGAAUGCCCACUGAGAAGGGUUUGCAGUAUAAAGCAGACGUCACAGUCAAGACAUGGAGAGAUGCCAUUCGACUUUGGAGGAGAAGGGCAAAUAAGCAUCGCCAGCUUAUAGUUGAAGACGAUGUCAACACUGUGAUGAUUAAAGAAUCCCGUAAUCAAGUACAGGAAGCCAUGGACAAGGCGAUUUCUUCUCAAGAAGUACUUGCAGAUAUAGCUCCUUCAGCGGAUCUUGAUGAUGGUGAAGAUCUACUGGAAACUAUUGAAGAUGAACAUUCUUCUUUAAUGAGAGAAACAAUGAAAGUAAUUCUCCGAUUGCAAGGUGGGACGCUUUCAUCUAAGUCAGGUUCCCGAUCAUCCAGAGGGAGAGUUCAAGACUGGGUUGAUCGUCAAGUGUCAGUUUCCCCUCGAGUUCAGAGUAUAGUUGAUAGAGGUAACAGUGCCCCUCCAGUGGAACCCACGAUUGAGAUGAACAACCCUGCUCCACCUUCGGAAAGCCCUGCAACCAAGAUUGGUCAUCGACAAGAACCAAGGUCCAACAAUGAUGAUGUUCUCGCCAACAGUUUAAAAGAGUUGCUAUCCUUGAAUAGACUUCCUCUUCCAGAGCCUGGAAUUUUUUCAGGUAACCCUCUUGACUACACGGCAUGGAGGCGAAGCUACGACGCAUUAAUUGAACAUCGUGGAAUUCCUAUGGCAGAGAGAUUCUACUUUCUCUUGAAAUACCUGACGGGUGAGCCGAAAUCCUUGGUAGAAGGCUACUCUAUGAUCGGCGAUGGAAGAGGUUACCUUAAUGUGAAGGAAGCAUUGGAACAGAGAUAUGGGGAUCCAUUUGUAGUUUCAAAUGCCUACAGAGACAAGCUGGAUGCUUGGCCCAGGGUUGGAUCAAGAGACUCCUUUGGACUUAGGAGAUUCGGAGACUUCCUGAAACAAUGUGACGCAGCAUCCAAGUAUGUUCCGCACCUGAAUCAUCUUGAUGACGAACGGGAAAAUCAAAACCUACUGAGGAAACUCCCUGAAUGGCUAGUCAUUAAAUGGGGAAGGAAGGUUGUUCAGUGGAGACAGGAUUGGAAAACCUUUCCACCAUUUGCUAUCUUUACAGAGUUCAUUGACGAAGAGGCAACCGUUGCUUGCGAUCCCGUCACCUCUCUUCAGUCUCUGCAGACCUCAAAGGAAAGGAAGAAGUCAACUCCUUCUCGAUCUUUGCAGACUGGAACACACAAUCACAAAGAUGGCUCUGCUGAGAAGAAAUAUCUGUCAUGUGUCUUUUGCAAGGGUCAACACCAUAUUAGUGAAUGUUCCUCAUUCAAUUCAGAAACAAUGCAGAAGAAAAGACAGACUAUUAAGGACAAUGGUCUCUGCUUUCGUUGCUUGAGAAAGGGACACAUGUCAAAGAGAUGCAAGAAAAGAAAUACAUGCUCCGUAUGUAAAGGAAAACAUCCAACUGCUCUACAUGAUGAUGAGUGGAAAGAGAAGCGACGGGAUGCUACUAACAGAGAGAGGAGCAGUAAGGAAACUCUGGAAUCAAAUUCUCAUGCUUCCCAGUCAGAUUCCAGUCAGUCUAUGAAGUCAUCGAUGAUUGUUCCGGUAUGGCUAUCACACGAGUCCAGUCGUAAGGAGAGACUAGUGUAUGCGCUGUUGGACACGCAAUCCGAUACGUCCUUCAUUCUCACACAAACCAAAGAAGCAAUGGGAAUAAAAGGCGUACAAAUACACUUAUUGCUUUCUACAAUGACGAGGACAAAUGAGAGAAUAGCUUGUGAGAAGGUGACUGGAUUGAAAGUGAAGGCUUACUACAACUCCGAGAAGGUAAUUAGCCUCCCUCCAAGCUAUACGAGAGACAUUAUCCCAGCAGAUCGACAUCAUAUUCCUACUCCUGACACAGCAAGAUCCUUCAAACACUUGUCUAGGAUUGCCAAUAUGAUUGCUCCUCUUCAGGAUGUUGAAAUUGGACUCUUGAUCGGCUACGACUGUGCCAAGGCUCUAGCUCCUCGUGCUGUCAUCCACUCUCCUGACGAAAGAGGACCCUAUGCAGUCCAGACAGACCUAGGAUGGAGCAUUGUUGGGACGGUGAACGCAGGUUAUGUUGAAAGUCACAAUGAUCCCAUUGGUGUGAGCCAUCGUACAACUGUACGGAUGGUGCCUGAGGAGGUACAGUUGAAAGGUCAUCGCUCAGAAGUGAUCUUCACGCAUCCAGCUACUACGAAGGAAGAGAUCACCCCUCUUCAUGUUGUCCAACUUCUCGAAGCUGACUUCACUCCUGAUAAGAAGCAGAAACCCUAUUCCCAGAAUGAUUUGAAGUUUGUUAAGCUAAUGGAGAAGGAGAUUCACGUUUCAGAGAGUGGACACUACGAGAUGCCCCUUCCCUUCAAGGAGGAAGAGGUACCUGUACUGCCUAACAACAAGUUUGUUGCUGCCAAACGUUUGAACCACCUGAAGAAAAAGUUUGAAAAUGAUGCCACCUACUAUGACCAAUACCUACAAAAGAUGAACAAUCUUCUUGAAAAGAAGUAUGCAGAGAAGGUGUCCGAACCAGGUGAACCAGGCAAGAUAUGGUAUAUUCCACAUCAUGGAGUACAGCAACCAAAGAAACUGAGGGUGGUGUUCGAUUGCAGUUCACAGUUCAAAGGAGAGUGUUUGAACUCUCAUCUUCUCACUAGCCCUGAUUUGACUAAUGCACUUGCUGGAGUACUGUGCAGAUUCAGAAAAGAGAAGGUAGCCUUCAUGUGUGACAUCAAAGAAAUGUUUCAUCAGUUUCAUGUCAACAAAGAGUACCGUGACUACCUGCGCUUCCUCUGGUGGCCAGACGGAGACUAUCGUCGAGAGCCUAAUGACUUCAGAAUGAAUGUGCACCUCUUUGGAGCUGCCUCUUCGCCCGGGUGCGCAAAUUUUGGAUUGAAGCAUAUAGCAACCGACAUGGCAGAUGAAAUAAGUCAAGAUGCAGCCAAGUUCAUCCAACGAGACUUUUACGUCGAUGAUGGGCUCAAGGCAGUAGAAACAGAAGAAGAGGCCAUCGAUCUGAUCUCAAAGACCAAGGAGAUAUGUGGACAUGGUGGUCUUCAUGUUCACAAAGUUGUCUCCAACUCAAGGAAAGUGCUAGAUUCAGUUCCAAAGGAAGAUAGAGCUAAAGAAGUGAAAGAAUUGAAUCUUCUACUCGAUCACCUGCCUGUCGAAAAAGCUUUAGGCGUGCAAUGGUGUGUCGAAUCUGAUACUUUCCGCUUUAGGGUGACCUUCCAAGACAAGCCUUUGACUACGAGAGGUGUGCUGUCAACCGUGAUGUCCGUGUACGACCCUCUUGGAUUGUUAGCCCCAUUGCUGCUUCCUGGUAAGAUAAUACUUCAGGAUCUAUGUAGAACUUCUGCCGCUUGGGACGACCCCCUUCCAGACCUACUUCAAGACAGGUGGAAUAAGUGGAAAACAGACAUUCUCCAACUCGAAAGGGUCUCCAUUGACAGGUGUUACAAGCCGGAAGACUUUGGGGAAGUCAAGAAUGUCGAGCUACACCACUUCUGUGAUGCGAGCAACCUUGGUUACGGUCAUUGUACUUACCUGAGAAUGAUUAAUGGAAGGGGAGAAGUACAUUGUACGCUUGUGUUGGGCAAAUCCAGAGUGUCACCAAUCAAGACAGUCACAGUACCAAGGCUGGAACUGACAGCAGCUGUUCUGUCAGUGAAGAUGAGCGCCUUUCUUCAAGCUGAGCUAGACCUCAAAAUUGAUAGGGAGGUCUUUUGGACUGAUAGCCGAGUGGUGCUAGGCUAUAUUAAGAACGAGACAAGGCGUUAUCAUGUCUUUGUUGCAAAUAGAGUCCGCCAAAUUAGAGAUGAAUCAUCACCCAAUCAAUGGAGGCACGUCAGCACUCAAGAUAAUCCAGCUGAUGCCCCAUCAAGAGGACUCACGGUCGAUCAGCUUGAAGCAUCAAAGUGGUUCAUGGGUCCAGACUUCAUUUGGGAAAGCGAAAUUCCGGAAGAAACUGAGGAAGAAGCUACAGUCAUUCCUAAAGAUCCUGAAGUGAAAAGCAACACCCAUGCCUCAGUAAAAGGGGUAGAUGAGCUCGAGUUAAAGCGAUUUGAUCAUCUCUCUAGUUGGUAUCGAGCGAAGAGAGCUGUGGCGAACUGCCUCCGUCUCAAAUCAUACCUACAGAAAUGCUGCCAAGCAAGAGGAGAUGGGAAUGACAUCAAGAAAGUUGUGAUGGAACCUCUGACUACCGAACAACUUCUUCAUGCAGAGAAGGAAAUCAUAAGACUGAUUCAGAGGAGGACAUUUGAUGAAGCGAAAUCAUCAGAGAUCAGCAAGCCUCACAACGAAAGAGAAAGAAGGCGUCGUUGCAAGGAGACCAGUCGCUUGUGUCGUCUUGACCCAUUUAUAGAUGAUGAUGGCAUCCUUAGAGUUGGAGGACGUUUGAGGAGAUCUGACCUCUCAUUUGAAAGCAAACAUCCUGCCAUCCUUCCUCAAAUUCACCUGACCGAGUUAAUUGUAUCUCAGUGUCAUACUGAGGUGGCUCAUGGAGGAAGAGGCAUGACGACUAACCAUCUCAGAGCAAAGGGAUAUUGGAUCUUGGGUAGCAGCAACUUCAUCUCGAAAUUCAUCUCCCAAUGUGUAGUCUGUCGCAGACUUCGACAACCUCCACAAAUUCAGAAGAUGGCAGACUUACCUGAGGACCGUCUUUCCCCAGCUCCACCAUUUACUUAUGCUGGAGUUGAUUGCUUUGGGCCUUGGCUAAUAAAGGAAGGACGGAAAGAACUGAAACGCUAUGGUCUGAUAUUCACAUGUAUGGCAUCGAGAGGUAUUCACAUCGAAGUUCUACACUCCCUCUCCACCGACUCCUUCAUCAAUGGUCUCAGACGCUUCAUUUCUGUCAGAGGCCCUGUAAGACAAUUGAGAUGUGACAGGGGAACGAACUUUGUGGGUGCUGAGGCGGAGUUCAAACGAUGUGCUGAAUCCAGUGAGAAACAGGUAAAAGACUUUCUCCUGAAAGAGGGAUGCGACUUCAUCGCUUUCAAGUUCAAUGUACCUGCUUCUAGCCACAUGGGCGGAGUGUGGGAGCGGCAGAUCCGCUCCAUACGUCAGGUCUUAGAUGUUCUGCUACACCAGGCAGGCCAACAACUAGAUGACGAGUCGUUGAGAACUUUGAUGUGUGAGGCGGCUGCCAUUGUAAACAGUCGUCCGCUAACCACCGACCUCCUGAAUGAACCAACACAUUCCACUCCAUUGACUCCUAAUCAUCUGUUGACUCAAAAGUCGAGGGUCAUUCUUCCACCCCCUGGUAGUUUCUCUCGAGAAGAUGUCUACGCGAGGAAACGAUGGCGGAGAGUACAACAUUUGGCAAAUGAGUUUUGGUGUCGAUGGAAGAAGGAGUUUCUUUGUCAGCUUCAGUCGCGACAGAAGUGGACCAAGCCACAUCGCAACAUGAGAAUAGGAGAUGUGGUAAUUAUUAAAGACGAUAACACUCCUCGCAAUGUUUGGCCUCUUGGAAGAAUCGUUGAACUGUAUCAAUCAAAGGAUGACUACAUUCGUAAGGUUAGGGUCAUGGUAGGAGACAGAAAAUUAGACAAUGUGGGAAAACGAAGUAACCCAGUGACUUACCUUGAUCGUCCCAUCCACAAGCUAGUUCUUCUUCUUCCGAGUGAAGACCAGGAAUAA